AUGGAGCUCUGGAGGGAGAUGCCUGUGCCCCGGACGAUCCUGGCCACCAUCCUAAACCUGUUGGCCCUGAGCCUGUCCGCCGCAGCCCUGCUUGGAAGCCACUGGUGCGUGGGCACGCAAAAGGUGCCCAAACCCCUGUUUGGGAAGGGGUCAGUUGCCAAGGGCAUUGGCGUGCUGGUGCCUGCUGGAGGUGGGGCGGGGGUCAGUGCCUCCGGGAGGGAGGUUGUCCACUACAGCUGGGAGACCGGCGAUGACCGCUUCGCCUUCCGCUACUUCCAUGCGGGUAUGUGGCUAUCCUGUGAGGAGAACAUUGAAGGGCCAGGUGAAAGGUGCCGCAGUUUUAUUGAGCUGACCCCGCCAACCAAGAGAGGGAUCCUGUGGCUGGCCCUGGGGUCAGAGCUGGUCUACAUUGGCCUGCUGGUGGUCAGCUUCCUGUUGCUGCUGGCAGAGAUGCUACACUUGGACAACCCCGUGUGCAGCCUGAAGCUCAAUGCCUUCGCUGCUGUCUCCUCCGUUCUGUCUGGCCUCCUGGGCAUGGUGGCCCACAUGAUGUACAUGCAGGUGUUUCAAGCCACCGUGAGCCUGGGCCCGGAGGACUGGAGACCACACAGUUGGGACUACGGCUGGGCUUUCUACCUGGCCUGGUUCUCGUUCACCUGCUGCAUGGUGUCGGCCGUCACCACCCUCAACACCUACACUAAGACGGUGCUGGAGUUCUCGCGCAACCGCGGCCUGGAGGGCGGCACCCUUCCCGCCCACCUCCACCAGUGCUUUCUGCCCCCGGCCCGCCCCAGGACCUCCCCGUCGACCCCAACGGGCGCCCGGCUGGAUCUGGGCACCGAGCUGAGGGCCGAGGGGCCCCAUCCCCAGCCCGCCGUCAACCUGGACCAGGUGGCUGCGCUGUGGGUGGCCGAAGGGUGGUGUUGA